AGUAGCAAAGGAUUUAUGUCGUCUGGGAGAAUGAGUGUGGAUUGGAUUGGCUAUGGCUAUGCAACACUGGUUGCUUCGGGUGGAGUAAUCGGCUAUGCAAAAGCAGGCAGUGUUCCAUCUCUAGCAGCUGGUCUCCUGUUUGGUGGUUUAGCCGGGCUGGGUACUUACCAGCAGUCUCAAGAUCCAAAGAACAUUUGGCUGUCUCUGAUUGCAUCUGGAACCUUGACUUGUGUGAUGGGAAUGAGAUUCUAUAAUUCCAGGAAAUUCAUGCCUGCAGGGCUGAUUGCUGGUGCCAGUCUACUAAUGGUGGGGAGGCUGGGACUACAGAUGAUGGAGAAGCCCCUUCAGCCAUAAUUGCACAGCAGACGAGAAGCGAGAGACACAGCCUGGAGAGACUUGCUGGACAGCCAACUUGAAACAAGCAUCUGACUGUAUUUGUGUUCGUUUGAUACCAAAAGUUCUUGAUUGCCUAGCCUCUGGGAGGAAAGGAAUGAAGCACCGGAGCAGAAUGUUGCCACAUAUGCUGAUUGUCCUCUUUACUGGCUGCCAGAGCACAAUGAUAUAGCUAUAGUUUUUUCUUCUCAAAAACCUGCACAUUACAAAUUUCACGCCACGGAUUUGAUAAUUUUAGGACUGUGGGGAGGGGAAGGGAAGGGAGACAGAAAUACCCAAUGGUGCUAAUGCCUGUCAGGAAACAUACUUUGUAAACCCAUUUUUAUUCUUCUUGCUGCCGCUCCCCCCCCCCCCC